AUGACAGCCAGCUUAAUCGAUGGUAAAGCUAUUGCUUUGCUGUUACGUACCAAAAUUCAUGCCGAAAUCGACCAAAUCCAAGCCAAACACGCUGACUUCAAGCCAAGUUUAGUUAUCAUCCAAGUUGGUGAAAGACCAGACUCCUCAACCUACGUGAAAAUGAAGUUGAAGGCCGCUGAAGAAGCUUCUAUUAGCUGUGAAAUCAUCCAAUUACCGGAAUCUACCACUGAAUUCGAAUUAUUGAACGAAAUUUCUCGUUUAAACGAAGACACUUCCGUCGAUGGUAUCUUGGUUCAAUUACCAUUACCUCAAGAUCUCGAUGAAACAAAAGUUACCUCUGCUGUUUCUGCUGAAAAGGACGUUGAUGGAUUCGGACCAUUCAAUGUUGGUGAAUUAUCAAAGAAGGGUGGAAAUCCAAACUUCUUGCCAUGUACUCCAAAGGGUAUAAUUGAAUUGUUGUCUCAAUCCCAAGUUCCAAUUGCCGGUGCUAACGCCGUUGUCUUGGGUAGAUCUGACAUCGUUGGUAAGCCAAUUGCCAACUUGUUGACCCAAGCUAACGCUACCGUCACCACCUUACAUUCCAAGACUCCUCAAGCCCAAGUAGAAUUAUUCUUAUCACAGGCAGAUAUCGUCGUUGCUGCCAUUGGGCAACCACAAUUUGUGAAAGGUGAGUGGUUAAAGGAAGGUGCCGUUGUCAUUGACGUUGGUACUAACUUCAUCCCAGAUGCUACUAAGAAAUCCGGUUCCAGAAUGGUUGGUGACUGUGACUUUGAAAGUUGUCAAGCUAAGGCUUCUUUGAUUACCCCAGUUCCAGGCGGUGUUGGUCCUAUGACUGUUGCAACAUUAUUAGACAACGUCGUUAUCGCUGCCAAGAAGAACUACGCCAAGAACAACUCUACCCCUAAAUUCACCAACCCAUUGAAGUUGAACUUGUUAACUCCAGUCCCAUCGGAUUUCGAAAUUUCUAGAAACCAAAAGCCCAAGAAGAUUGAUCAAGUUGCUUACGAAGCUGGUAUUUUAGAAAGCGAAUUAGAACCAUUUGGUUCCUACAAGGCCAAGGUCUCUUUAGAUAUCUUGAAGCGUUUGGAAAACAAGAAUAACGGUAAGUACGUUCUUGUUACCGGUAUUACUCCAACCCCAUUAGGUGAAGGUAAGUCCACCACCACUGUUGGUUUAGCCCAAGCUUUGGGUGCCCACCUUGGUAAGAACGUCUUUGCCAACGUUAGACAACCUUCUAUGGGUCCAACUUUCGGUAUUAAGGGUGGUGCUGCCGGUGGUGGUUACUCGCAAGUUAUUCCUAUGGAUGAGUUCAAUAUGCACGUUACUGGUGACAUUCACGCUAUUUCCAUGGCCAACAACUUGUUGGCUGCUGCUAUUGACACCAGAAUCUUCCACGAAAACACCCAAAAGGACGGUCCAUUAUACAAGAGAUUGGUCCCUGCCAAGAAGGGUGUCAGAAAAUUUGCUCCAAGUAUGUUAAGAAGAUUGGAAAAGUUGGGAAUUAACAAGACUGAUCCAAACGAAUUGACCACUGAAGAAAUUACUCAAUUCGCCAGAUUGGACAUUGACCCUGAAACCAUCACUUGGAGAAGAGUUGUUGAUUGUAACGAUAGAUUCUUGAGAGGUGUUACCAUCGGUGAAGCCCCAACUGAAAAGGGUAUGACCAGAAGCACUGGAUUUGAUAUUUCUGUUGCAUCUGAAUGUAUGGCCAUCUUAGCUCUCGCCAACUCUUUAGAAGACAUGAGAGAAAGAUUAGGACGUAUGGUUAUUGCAUCCUCCAGAGCUGGUGUUCCAAUUACUUGUGAAGAUAUUGGAUGUGCCGGUGCAUUAACUGCCCUUUUGAAGGACGCCAUUAAGCCAAAUGUUAUGCAAACUUUGGAAGGUACUCCAGUUUUCGUUCACGCUGGUCCAUUUGCCAACAUCUCCAUUGGAGCUUCUUCUAUCUUAGCUGAUAAGAUGGCAUUGAAGUUAGCUGGUACAUCUCCAGAUCUUUCUGCUGAAGAAAAGAAGGAACAAGAAGGUUAUGUUGUUACCGAAGCUGGUUUCGAUUUCACUAUGGGUGGUGAAAGAUUCAUCAACAUUAAGUGUAGAUCAUCAGGAUUAGUUCCAGAUGUUAUCGUCAUUGUUGCCACUGUUCGUGCCUUGAAGGUUCACGGUGGUGGUCCAGAAGUCAAGGCAGGUGCUGCUUUAGCUGCUGAAUACACCCAAGAAAACACCGAAUUAUUAAGAGUUGGAUGUUCCAACUUGGCCAAGCACAUUGCUAAUGCUAAGGCUUAUGGUUUACCAGUUGUCGUUGCCAUUAACAAGAUGUCUUCUGAUUCUGAUAAGGAACAUGAAAUCAUUAGAGAAGAAUCCUUAAAGGCAGGUGCAGUUGAUGCUAUCGUCUCCAACCAUUGGGAACAAGGUGGACAAGGUGCCGUUGAAUUGGCUGAAGGUGUCAUUGCCGCCAGUAACAGAGAAGACUUGAAGAAUUUCAACUUCCUUUACGAAACCUCACCAUCUGUUGAAGAAAAGAUCACUACCAUCGCCAAGGAAAUGUACGGUGCUGGAGAAGUCGAGUUCUUACCAGAAGCACAAAAGAAGAUUGACACUUACACCAAGCAAGGAUUUGGAAACUUGCCAAUCUGUAUUGCCAAGACCCAAUACUCGUUAUCUCACGAUGCCGCAUUGAAGGGAGUUCCAACCGGAUUCAAGUUCCCAAUUCGUGAUGUCAGAGCCUCUGUCGGAGCUGGAUAUUUGUAUGCGUUAGCAGCCGAAAUCCAAACCAUUCCAGGUUUACCAACCCACUGUGGUUUCAUGAACGUUGAGGUUAACGAAGACGGUGAAAUUGACGGUUUGUUUUAA